GUUGCCGCUCGCAGGUUUCUCUUCGGUACAAUGGAACGCACCCAAAAUAUCCCUGUGAGAAUAGCGUCUAGAGGAAACUCAAACCACCCUCCUUUGUUUGAUAGGGAAAACAAUAGCUUUGCGAUCGUCAAUUUCUCGCCGAACGUUGCUUAACUAACAAAAUACGGUUGUGGGUACAAUAGACAAGAUAAGUAUGCGAGACGUAAUUUUGCGUUGUUUCUAAGUCAAAUGUAACACGAAGAAAAUAAUAAGAAACGGUGGUAAGAGCAGCGAUUGCGUGUAAAGGUGCAAUUUAUUAAAGAACGAAUUCCGGCGAGUGCUUGUAUUUUUCAAGAGGAAGAGGGACAGAUAAGAGAAAUGUCGUCAUCACUAGGCGGGAGUUUUAGAGAAACUCCGUUUAAAAACAAAUCCGAAAUACGCGACGAAUUGAUAACAGAUUUAGAACAAAUUAUCUACUACGGCAAACAGAUAGAAAAAUCUGAAGCACAGGAGUUGGUUGACGAGCUCUGUAAAUGGAUGUGCACAGUACCUCAGAUGAGUGUUUUCAGAUUGGACUAUCGUAAGGUUGAUCGUACCGAUUAUCUGGAAAAACUGCGCAGAGCAUUGAAAAAAGAUGAUAAGCCGGAUCCGAAAAUACAUUUUUUACAAGGCCUCCCGAAUGAAAUAGUCGCUGUUGACAGUUGGGACCCGCAGGUGUCUCUUGAUUUGGAGAAAUGUCCGGAUGAGAUUAUCGUCGAUGCUAGAUGCGGCGCAGCCGUGCUAAGAGGAUCUCAUGUUUACGUUCCUGGCGUUAUGGGAAUGCCGGAUGGUUUAAGCAUCAACACUAAAGUCAGCGUGUUCGCCGAUAUUACCGGGCAAUGCAUAAAAGGUUUGAUUACACCGUAUCCAAAUAACAGUAAGAUGUAUUUGGGUAACGGUGUUCUACGGCAAACAAGAAAACAACUGUUUGAGAAGACCUUUUUCAAUCCAUACGAUAUCGCGGUAGUUAUGACCGAUGUGAUCUCAUGAGUUCCACAAUUAAAUGCCGAUGAUGAGUCUCUGAAGCUACGUGCGCGGCUGCAAAAUUUGCCGUCUAUCAUGUGUGGCUUCGUUUUAGACCCUCAACCGGGCGAAAAGAUUCUUGACAUGUGUGCCGCACCUGGUAACAAAACCACACACAUUUCAUACCUCAUGAAAGGACAGGGUACGAUAAUAGCUUUAGAGAAAAACCGACGUAAGGUGGCGCAGCUUCAGGAAAGGAUUAACGAUAAAAAUAUUACAAUAUAUCAUUACGAUGCUGCAAAAGCUGUUAUCUCCGAGCAGCAUGGCAUUGUCGCCCGUGGUAAUAAUCCCGAUAUACCACCGUUCCCAGAGAAACAUUUUAAUCGUAUUCUCUUGGACGCUCCAUGCAGUGCGCUAGGUCAAAGACCGCAACUGUACAACACAAUCACACGGUCAAAACUUCGUUCUUACGCCUAUUUGCAACGACGUCUGCUCUCUGUUGCUGCACGUCUUUUGAAGCCACAGGGAACGUUAGUGUAUAGUACGUGCACUGUCACAGUAGCGGAAAACGAAAGGAUGAUCGCUUGGGCAUUGGAGAAGUUUCCAGAUUUGUAUUUGGAAUCUGUCUGGGACCCAUGUAGAACAGAAGUAUCCCGCGAUAGUGUACUAGAGGGAUACGCUAAACCAGGAUACAACCUGAAAGAUUUUGAAUUCGGGUACAAAACAUGUAGAUUCGGUCCUGAUUGUGGUCCUCACAUUGGAUUUUUUAUCGCGUGCUUCAGAAACAGCUGUGAUUCCGUGUAAAUUAUUACGCGUAAAAACUAUGAUACGAAAAUUUACAUAGUCAGAGAUCAAUCAAUAAUUCCAGUUUUUUUUUCUUUCUAAUUGAACUAGCUGCGCUACACAUUGAAGCGUACGUGCGAGAUUCUCACGUUUCAGGAACCCGAUUUUUUGAAGGGAGAUCCUGUUCUUAAUUUGGUUAGGCAUGCGCCACAGUGGAAGAGUUUAUAAAAUAAUAUGAUUAGUAAUAAUGAGUUGGUCCAAAAGUAGUAUGACCUUUAUCGAAUCAGAAAAGGCCACACAUUCCAAAUCCGCCGAGAAAGCAAGUCUAUGGAGUUCCGUAAUAAAACGAUCCGAUGGCUCCGAACAAAAUGGGCAGCAGAAGACUACGUGUUGUGCCGAUUGAGUGGAGUUCCUGUGGUCACAAGUCGAUUUCGUUACAAUACUUCUGUCGAAGAGUUGCCGUUUACAUCUAGCGUGGUUAGAUCGUAUACUGUUGAUCAACUUAAUUAGUUCUAGGCAAAUCCUCGAGAUAAAACAGCGUUUCUAAUUUGUUUCUUGUUCUAUUAAAGUAUUUGUAACCAAUAUAGUUAAUCAUGCAUUGAAUUGUUGACAAUAAAAAAAUCAUUAAAUUCGAAGAAA